CGCGACAAGGCGCGAAAGCCUGGAGAAAGAAGCAAUGCGCAAGGUCCGAUUCCGGCAAUUCGUCGAAAAAAGUGUGACAUAAUAAAGCCUUUGUUUGGCUAGCUGGAACGCUGCUAUUCCACGAUCGCGCCCUUGGAAGCCCGAGCGCCUGCCGCAUCCGCGUUUCUUCCCCGACAUCCAUUGUCGCCUCGGCCACCCAUCGACCACCGUCACCCGAGGCUGGCCCCAGCGCGCCCGGCCCACGAGCCCCCCGGCUGCUGUCGGCGCGCCUCGACGACGGCGGCCCUGACUAGGGACGACGAGAUGCCACCGCACGCCCCGAGGCUGUCCACGGCCCCGCCGACGGGGCCAGCACGGUCGACGCCGACCGCGACGCCGACGACAGCCGCCGCCGAGGAGCAGCCACCACCGAUCCAGGGACCGCACCCGGGCCUGACCUCGGUCCCCAACCAAUACUGCAUCGAGCAGGAGCUGCGGCGGAUGCAAAGAGCGACGGGCUGCGACCAGUCACGCGAGACGAGCUACAGGCUGCAGGGCAUCUACCUGAUCGAUAAUGUCCGCCUGGCGCUGCGCCUGCCUGUCAAGACGUUCGAUACCGCCUGCAUCUACUACCACAUGUUCCGGCUAUGUUUCAGGGACGCCGAGUACAACUUCCAGGACGCCGCCCUGACGGCCCUCUUCGUCGCAUGCAAGGUGGAGGAUACGAUCAAGAAGUCCAAAGAAAUACUAUGCGCGGCAUACAAUUUGAAGACGCCGGACCAUCCGACGACACAGGACGACAAGAUGUUUGACCAACCGACUAAGAUCGUUAUCGGUCUCGAAAGACACAUCCUGCAGACUAUCGGCUUCGACUUCAGAGUACGCUACCCACAAAAAUACCUAAUAAAGACGAUCCGAAAGCUCUUCCCGCCAAAAGAGGGCAGGGAGGUGCUGGAGACGGCAUAUCCGAUGUGCACCGAUAUAUUCAAGACGUUUGCGCCCGUCAAGCAAACAACCUUCACAAUGGUCAUGGCCAUUGUCGAGCUGACGACGCUGCUGAUAAGCAAGCACCAGGAGGUGGCCCGGGCGAUAGACCUGGUCGCCUACCACACGGACCGCGGCUCCGUCGUGGAGACGAUGCUGGACCUGCUGGACCUGUACGCACACUUUGCGCGGCACACCAAGGUCGGCGCGCGCUUCGAUAUCGACCACUUCAUCCAGGUCAAGAUCAAGAUCAACCAGGAGGUCGAGGCCAACCCGGCGCUGGAGCGCUUCAUGCACACGUGCGAGCGCUGCGAGCAGGAGGAGCGGGACGCCGGCCUCGGCGGGGCCAUGAGCAACCAGCCGCUGUCGGCCGUCACGCCCGGCUCGGCCACGUCGCCCGCGACGACCGGGUCGGGCGCCGGGGGAGGUGCCCCGAGGAAGAGCGGCGCGCGGGGCCAGGAGGGGACGCUGCGGUUCUCGUUCGACGCCGAGGCGGUCCGGAAGGAGAAGGAGGCCGUGGCGAAGCACUUUGCCGAGGAGUUUGAAGAGUACGAGGUCGAGCUGGAGGAGGAGGUACGGGAGUCGUCGCACCAUGGGCAGAACAGCAACAGCAACAGCAACAACAACAGUAACAGCGGCAGCCACCGAAGCAACCGCAACGGUCACAGCCACGGCCACGGGCCUCCGGCGAGGGGGCACGGUUCGAGGAGGGAACGCGCCGACGACCAUCGGGAUUCCGGUUGGCCAUAUCCGCGUGGCCGGCGUGGUGGGGGUGGCGGCGGGCACGACAGGCACAAGGGCCGUAAAGGCGGCGGCGGAGGUGGAGGGGGAGGGAGAGGAGGGUACUACUGAAGGGGUGUAUCAUGUCGAUUUUGUAUCAUCACCAUCACUUGUGGCCUUUUAUCAACGCACAGCCGGUUAUUCGUUACUCUUUGUUGAAUGGAACACUUUGGCAUCCUCCUGCGGCUGCACGAUCGGUUUUUUAAAGGAUGGCUAAGAGGAGGGAGCUGUGCCAAGGUGGGAAGUGGUGAUGAGGAUGAAUUCCAAUGUGCCCGUGAAGAGGUGAAUGGGCAGAACACGCCAAGUUUUCAGCGACAUCUAUCACACUGUACAUCAUAAACAAUCUCAAUUCCAGCUGCUAUUUCUGGAUAUUCUACUAAACAGAUGGCUUCGGCUCCAAUGACCAACCCAAGGCCCGCG